AUGAAGCGUCUCGAGUGGCUGCUGCUCCUGGCGUUGGUAGCCUCCGUCUCAACGGCAGUGACUCCCAGGAGGAGGCGACACAGCGCGGUGGAGUCCGCAACUGCCUCCAAUCCCGGUGAUUGGGGAUCAGCCUGGGGCUUUGGUCCCGAGAUGGCACUCGUGAGGAGGGUGUACGACGAUUGCCAAGACAAGAACGACUUCAUUGGCUGCCUGAAACAGAAAGCCCUUCAUGCUCUUACUCGAGCUCUGGACCAGGACUCUAUCAAGAUAGUGAAUGGUCUGGCGCUGGAGAAGCAAAACCAGAGCGAAACGGAGAGCAUAUUGGGCUCCCUGACGGAUGCCCGUCAAUUUGGCAACCUGUCACCCAUCGAUCGAGCCCUUCUCUCCAAGGCGGACAAGCUGAUGCGGACGCACACGCUCAAAAUCGACAUGGACGGGGGCGGCGCAGAGGAUAGUGUGGGUCGUGGCCACGAGCAUGGGCACAAGAAAAAGAAGCACAAGGAGGGAGGCCACAUCAAGUACGUGGUGGCUGCCCUCCUCACCGCCAUGGGCAUCGCUGGUCCAUUGGGUCUGAAGGCUCUGGCCGCGAUCGCCGGCAAGGCUCUGGUCAUCAGCAAGGUGGCCCUGACCAUUGCCGGGAUUAUUGCGCUCAAGAAGCUCUUCUCACACGACCACAGCGAGGAGACCAGUUUCCAGGUGCACGCCGGUGAACAUAACAGACGCAACACUUACGUGAUCCGGCCGGUGUCCAAGACGAGUGCUGGGGCAGGAGCCGGUGGCGUGGGCGUGACCGCCGCCGGUGGCAGCUCCUCGGUGGAUCCGUAUCGCUACUACUACGAAUACCACCAGCAGUAACGCGUGUGCGCGCAGUGGCGAUAGUGGUGUCUGGAGAAAUCUCCGCCGU